UCACCGGCGGGCGGCAACUUCGCCUUGGCUGCCCGCCGGACCUCAACCUAGUCCGCUAGAAUUUUCUACACAUACCUUGAAAUUUCUUCGAGUCCACCACCUUCACGCCCAACUCCUUCGAGUCGCUGUCCUUGACUCCCCCAUCGAAAGGCCUUCACCUCUCUCCAUCGCUACGCGAGGUCAGUACAUGAAUGGCGGCCAUGAAGCGCCUGUUGUUGAAGGCUUCACCUUUGUCAUCCUCAGCCAUCAAUUGCUUGAAGAGGUGUAUAUCCACAGCUGCUGUGUCUGAGACAGCGAAAUCCCCAUCCUACCCUCUCGGUUCUCUCCCUCCUCGCUCAGAUCCCAAGCUCAGGAAUGUCCAGUGGGUUUUCCUGGGCUGCCCUGGCGUCAGAAAAGGCAAUUACGCUAGCCGCCUCUCUUCCCUCCUCGCCGUCCCUCACAUCGCCACCGGCGAUCUCGUCCGCGAAGAGCUCUCCUCCAAUGGCCCUCUCUCUCAUCAGCUUGCAGAGAUUGUAAACCAAGGGAAAUUGGUUUCAGAUGAGAUUAUAAUAAACUUGUUAUCUAAAAGACUUGAGGCUGGCGCAGCUACAGGUGAAUCAGGAUUCAUUCCCAGCUCACGCCGAGUCGCCGACAUCAACCUCCGCGGCGAGUCCGAAGACCCCAUCUACGAGAAAGCCCACCGCAACGGUUUCAUGACCGGUUAUAUCUCUCCCUCCAUUCACUCCAAUAUCCAAAAACUGAUUUCAGUAGCUGGGGUCAUCUUCUCCUCCAGCUUUGCUUGAGUCAGUGGAUGCUUUUAUUCAGUCUCCACCAUCUGAGACUCUCCAGUCAGCUUGUCUUUCACCUCGGAACAGUGGGCUAUUAGAUGCUUUGCAGCAGAGGCGGUGAACAAAAUAAAAUAAAAUAAAAACAUAUCAACACACUGCAGCAGCAGAGGGAAAAAGGGCAACACACACAACACUUGCUUUAUUUAUUUAUUUCUUUCUUUCUUUAUUUAUUUCUCUCUUUCUUUCUUUAUUUAUUUCUUUCUUUUCAUUCCUUUAUUUAUUUAUUUGUUUGUUCAUCCACCGCCCACAUCCCUCACUUUCUUUAAACCCACUUUUAUCUUAUUAUCUACUCAACAUAUCCAUCAUUUUUUUCCCCACUACAAAAUAUUAUACUAGCCUUCAUGAAUUCCACUGGCUUCCACCACUUCAUUUUAUUUAUUAUUAUUAUUAUUAUUAUUAUU